GUCACGACAAGAGACUCCGCCUCUCUUCCUGACCAUGGUACCUCAGCUCGACGAGUACGUCGAGUACAUCGAAGAUGUCGUCGUCUCGUCUGUGCACGCUGUGACCCCCGACUUGCCCAUCGUGAGGGAGGCUUUCGGUCGCCUCUGGGCUGAUGUCAAUCGAUUGUGGCCGACAGCGGUGUCCGAGAUGAAGAAGAUCCCUGGGCUGAGCGACUUUGAGAUUGAGAUGCCUCCGCCGCCGCCGCCGCCUCCACCGAAGACUUGGAUACAGAACGCGGCGGAUUGGUCGCGAGAUCAUCCGUACAAGGCAGCGACCAUCGGCCUGGGAGUCGUUGGCGUCGGUCUACUCGCGGGGUAUAGUGUCGUCUCCUUGCAGAGAACGGCCCGGAUGACCAGGUUAUGGGUAUCGUCUAACGGGGAGAGAAGGCUGGUUGUGGUCGUUCUCGGAGGGGAUACACCGCUAGGACUGCCCCUCAUCCUGGAAUUGGAACGUCAAGGUUAUAUUGUGAUCGCCAGCGUGAGCACGCCCGAGGCUGCGGACGCCCUCGAACGCAAAUGUCAUGGCUAUGUCCGAGCUUUGGUGCUAGACCCUAGCGAGCCCGCGACGAUACAUUUCUUUUCCAGGUCUCUCACCUCGGCACUUUCCAGGCGUUUCCCAUUGUCUGCGUCGGGGGAUCCUCACGUAUCACCCUCAGCUCAGCCCCACUUGCACUCCAUCAUAUCGCUCUUGACCCUCCCCUCUCAGAGCCCAACGCCUUCGACCUCGACUUUCGAGAAUCUCCCGAUCGACAGCGCCUACCACUCUUACCUCACCGCCACGCACAUCACCCCAUUGCAAGCGAUUCAGGCAUUACUGCCUCUUUUGCGCUCAACUUCCGCUCGGGACAGGGCUCGCGAACGCGAUUACUAUGGGCUGGCAGGAUCAAAGUCCAUCAUCUUCUGCGUUCCUGCGACCGAUGCCCGUAUCGGCCUGCCCUUUGCCGCGGCCAAGGCUAUGAGCGCGGCCGCAACCCUUCGCGGCGCUGAAGUGCUUCGGAGGGAGUUGAGAGCGUCCUCAGUGGCAGGAUCGCUACCCGCAAGCACGGAUACGCGUGUCGUCGUCGUCGAUAUCGGCGCCAUCGACGUUCCCAGUCCCAGGAUGCCCGAGGUUACCGAGCGUUCGUUGGUUUUGUCGGACAACGCCUCGAUGCCGCGGCCCAAGGAUCGUCGCAGGACCUCUCGUAAACCCACAGACGCUCGGAAAUAUGCUCGGACCGUGGUUGACAUCGUAAAUGGGGGCCGACCGCGGGACCCUGGUUACAUGGGAUGGAGAAUCGUCUCUGGGAGCCUCCUCAACUGGAUCCGCGGGAACCGUGUUGUGGUUGGUGCGGGAGCCGGAACAUAUGCGCUUGCAUCGUAUCUACCCAUCUCCGUCUUGGAUCUGAUCCUCAAUAUCCCUCACUUGCUUAUUGGCCUCAGGAAUGCCUUACUUCCGGUUCCGCCACGUGUAGCGAUACCUUCCGCCCCACCGUCUGCCCCCGUCGCUCCUCGAGAAACUCCAGUCACAUCUUCUGCGAAGCCGACGCAAGACAACACCGAUUCGCAUGGUAGUGGUCCGCAAGCGCCGUCAAACCACGACCACGACCACGAGCAAGAAUCGUUGUCAGGCUCGGAAGCAGACGUCGAGAGCAACACGGAGCAAGAGCCUGUUAUGACCGAAAGCUGGGUUAGCCUCGGCGGCAACGCGAGCGAGCUCUCCGUCGAGCCGUAAACACCAGAUACCGCAUAUCCAGGGUAACGUGAAUUGCUGCGACACGAUUGUCCAUUUGUAAUUGUAAGCUUGUAUGUACUUAUCCUCACCCCACUCUGCCGACCCUGCUCCACUCACUGCAAUAUGAUUCUGUCCAAUAUUUCCCAUUUCUCUACCGGUGGACUCGUGUCAACAAUCCACACCUCUCGAGCCAUGAAUCCUUUUUGUUCGUGGGCACCUGCACAUUGCAGCGCGACGCAGUUCUCCAAUUGUUUCACGACACGUUGAUCCAGCAGUGCAUUCAGCAGCCUCUCUCGUUCAUCGACUUCCUCGUCGUCAAUGUAUGCGAACGACAUGUGAGGGUAUGAUGGUGGGGGUCCCUCGAGCUGAAUCCCUACGUCGGCCGCAUUUAUCGAUAGUCUUAUCUGUUCUUCUAGAGUACGCAGCUCCGUGUCGAGGUGAACAGAGAUGAACACGGAACGCGUGAACGUCGGUCCUCGUUCCAGGGACCUGAACCGCACCGGAAAACUUGAUCGAGACGGUACAGACGCACAGAGCGCAUCGAGCUUUUCUCUGGCGUCCGGUUUGGCAGGAACGCUGCACAGGGUAAUAUGCGGUUCGAACUUGGGAUAUGAUGAGGGCGCGGUGCUUUCGUUUGAGCGGACUGGCAUCGCGCUACUGAUCAAAGAGCGUUCAUUUUGACCUGGGACCAGCCAUAUAGAGAGACCUGUUAGGGACCAUCGCGUGUGAUUUUCGAUGGCAGCAAGACA